AUGAUCGAUUCCGAAAAGAGCAUAAACAACAAAUUAUGGUCCAAAAAACUCCCCACCCAAACACUAUUCUGUCUUAUAAUUCUGUUUCUUGUGAUCAAAAUCAUUCGAACAAUACACUUCAACAAUGUUACUUCCUCAUGGGAUGACGGCUCUCUUUUAAAUCUACCAUUAAUGAUGUAUCUUUCCAACCCGUUACCUGACAAGAAAUCCUCUUUUUCAUCAUUACCCAUUUCUUCUAAUAAAUUGCCCUAUACUAAAUAUUUCAAGAACCUUGAUCAUAUACAAAUACAAAUACUGAAAAUUGCUGGUACUAAAAUCUUAGAAAAAAAUGCGAGAUUAAGAUUAAUGAAAUGCUUAGACUCAAAUUUGAAUGGACUAUUUUUGGUAGGGAGAGAUGUCGAUGAAGAUAAUAAUAUUUAUAAAUUAGCAUAUUUCUGUUUCCUAGAUACUGCAUCACCACCUUUAGGAAAGACUCUACCAGGUCCGUACUUAUCCACAUUAUUUUCCUUAUCGAUUUUCUGGAGAUUAAUUCCAUUGGCAAUAAUUAGAGUGAUAAUCCUUAAUAGAUCAAGACUUUUGGAGUUCUUCAAAAACUUCUUGAAAACUAUUUUGUUUAAUAAAAAACUGAUCAACAAGGAGUCUUCUUCUGGAACUGUGUUUGUUUCGAAAAAAACCGAAACCGAUACCAAUAAAUUGGAUGAAACUACCCAUAAAUCUACAGAUGAAUAUAAACAACAUCAACGGCAAUUUACUUGGGAAACAGUUCCAAAUAAACAAGAAAAAGCAAAAACAAUUGAACUGCCAAAAGAUCAAUCAGAAUCUUCAGUUCCCGGUAACCCUCAUUCUAGAACCUUUCCCUGUUUAUUCGAAUCAAAGAACAAAGGGAGCAGUGAUAAUGACGAAAAUUCUAAUAUGUCACAAAUUAUUUCACAAAAUUCAGAAUUACUCUAUUUCGCUCAUAACUCAAAACCAAAAAGCCAAGAAAAAGAAGAACAAUCAACGGCUGAAGAACCUGGAGAGGAUGAAACUAAGAUUGAUACAUCCGCUACUUCUGCUUCGUCAUUAUCAGAAAGUGUUUCAAGUUCUUAUAAAUGGAAGGUAGGAAAUAUAAAUAAACUUAACAAGAAGCAGGACUCUAAGAAAACUACGAUCCCAAAACAGGAACAUAAACGAAAUUCUCCAGAUGAACCAAAAAUGAGUUUCGAUAUUACUACUGUUCAAGGAAGAGCUGCUUGGAAGAAAUAUAUGAUAGACAAGAAGAGAAAUGACAAUAAAAAGAAUGAAAAUCCGAAGGAUACAACAAAGGAAAAUGAGAUUAAAGAAUAUUCUUACCUUUUCAAGGGGAGAUAUGGACAAGAAAGGGAGAAAAAACCAUAUGGUAAUUCUACUGAAAUUAAUCCAUUUACUGAGAAUUUACCAACAAAUGGAAAAUUGCGACCAUUAGUACCCUAUAUGUCUGUCGCAUAA